AUGCCGUCCCGGGUGGAGGACUACGAGGUGCUGUACAGCAUCGGCACCGGCUCCUACGGCCGCUGUCAGAAGAUUCGGAGGAAGAGCGACGGCAAGAUCCUGGUGUGGAAAGAACUUGACUAUGGCUCCAUGACGGAGGUGGAGAAGCAGAUGCUUGUGUCCGAAGUGAAUUUGCUUCGGGAGCUGAAACAUCCAAACAUCGUCCGUUACUAUGAUCGUAUUAUUGACCGAACCAACACAACCCUGUACAUCGUAAUGGAAUACUGUGAGGGAGGGGACCUGGCUAGUGUCAUUACAAAGGGGACCAAGGAUAGACAAUACUUGGAGGAAGAGUUUGUCCUUCGAGUGAUGACUCAGUUGACACUGGCCCUGAAAGAGUGUCACAGAAGGAGUGAUGGUGGCCAUACUGUGCUUCACCGGGAUCUGAAGCCAGCCAAUGUCUUCCUGGACAGCAAACACAAUGUCAAGCUUGGGGACUUUGGACUAGCUAGAAUAUUAAAUCACGACACAAGUUUUGCAAAAACGUUUGUUGGCACACCCUAUUACAUGUCUCCUGAGCAGAUGAGCCGCCUGUCCUACAACGAGAAGUCGGACAUCUGGUCGCUGGGCUGCCUGCUGUAUGAGCUGUGUGCGCUGAUGCCACCGUUUACAGCUUUCAACCAGAAAGAGUUAGCUGGGAAAAUCAGGGAAGGGAGAUUCAGGCGCAUCCCCUACCGCUACUCAGAUGGCUUGAAUGACCUCAUCACUCGCAUGCUGAAUUUAAAGGACUACCAUCGCCCUUCAGUGGAAGAAAUUCUGGAGAGCCCUUUGAUAGCAGACUUGGUUGCAGAAGAGCAGAAGAGAAAUGUGGAGAGGAGAGGCCGGCGCUCAGGAGAGCCUGUGAAGCUGCAGGACUCCAGCCCCGCGCUGAGUGAGCUCAAGCUGAAGGAGAGGCAGCUGCAGGAACGAGAGCGAGCACUCAGAGCUCGGGAGGACAGCCUGGAGCAGAAGGAACGGGAACUUUGUAUUCGAGAGAGACUUGCAGAGGACAAGCUGGCUAGAGCCGAGAGUCUGCUGAAGAACUACAGGCUGCUGAAGGACGAGCACAGGCUCCUGGCUGCGGCCGGUGGCCCAGAACUUGAUCUUCCAUCCUCAGUCAUGAAGAAGAAAGUUCAUUUCCAUGGGGAAAGCAAAGAGAACACCGCACGGAGUGAGGACUCCGAGAGCCAGGUCGCCAAGUCCAAGUGCAAGGACCUGAAGAAGAGGCUUCACGCUGCCCAGCUACGGGCUCAGGCCCUGUCUGAUAUUGAAAAAAACUACCAGCUAAAGAGCAGGCAGAUCUUGGGCAUGCGCUAGGCCGCCACGGCGUGGAGCUGGGUCAGUAUUGAUACUGACAACCCACCAGAGAUUGGUCCUCAGCUGCUGUAGUUUUGUGUGUCUGAACCUUUGUGUGUGGUGAGCGUGGCACUGGGAUUGUUUGUGGUCUACAGGAUGGACAUGUCCUCUUCCUAAUAUCCCUGUGUAGAAAGCAUGCUGGCUUUGCUGGUUGGUUGGGCUUUUGAUCCUGUGUGCGAUUACUACUUGGAAUAUGAGACGGUGCUCUAUAGAUACUAUAGA